CCCAGUAUUGUAGAAUCCAAAUAACACAAUAAAAACCUUAAUAUUAUCGAACCCCACUCUCCCACAACCAAAGAAAAUUUUAAAAAAAGGACCAAAUUACACCCAAAAACAAAAAAAAAAAAGAAGAAAAAAAAUCUGGAAAAAGAAAGAUCAAGUGAGGUGAGGCCGCAUAUGAACAGCUUUAUCUGUGCUCUAUUUACUUCACUUCACCCCCUUUUUCUCUCUCUCUCUCUCUCCUUCCUGCCUUCCUUAUAUAGCAAUGAUUCUACAGCUCCACAUGAGAUCUCUCUUCUCCUUUUCCUUUGUUUUACUUCCAUCUCUCUCAAAUCCCAACUCGAACAACUCAAAAAAACACAGCCAAAAAUCAAAUCAAUCACAACUGCUUCAUAUCAUCAUCACCUAAAUGUGCACAUAUCUACAUAUAUAGGUUCACCAUAUAGACCUCUCUUGCCCUUUCUUUUUCAUCUCUGUUCAUCAAAUAUAUACAUAGACUGCACAGUAGAGUUAGCAUCUUUUCCUUUUUUUCUCUGCAUAUGUUAAAAUUUCUGCAGGUCUACUGUAUAGGUGCAGAAAGUGAAGUGUUUGAGAUCCCAAUUUUAGCAGAAGUUCUUCUCUAAUAAACUUGAUAAACAUCAAAAACUGGACCCCUUGCCUUUUUUUUGAUACUAAAGCUCUUCUUUUUAUCUUCAGACAUACUAGUUGUUGAUCAUAACUCAACAUCGUCAGCUGGCCUUUAGCUUGCUUGUGCUUGUUGUGGUCCUCAAAUCAACCCCACCUUUUUUUUUUCUCCCCUUCUCCAUCUUUUCUUGCUUUCUUCACGAACCCUUUUCUUUGAUGAUGCUCUUUAGUACAAUUUUAAAGUAGGAUAAUACAACAGAAUACAUAGAAGACGAAAAGAUCCUCUUUUUUUUUCUUUUUUUUUUUUUGGGGAAGAAGAAGAAAUGCAAGAACAGGGUAUAGGGAUGAUGGGUGGAACAGGAGGAGGAAUUGGAGGUUUGGGAGAUGUUUCUGUUGCAAUCCCAGGUGAACAGAACAGACAUCUGAAGGCUGAGAUUGCAACUCAUCCGUUGUAUGAACAGCUUCUAUCAGCUCAUGUAGCAUGCCUUCGUGUGGCUACCCCUAUUGAUCAGUUACACCUUAUUGAUGCUCAACUCUCUCAGUCCCAUCAUCUUUUGAGGUCUUAUGCUUCAGAAAAGCAACAUCUUUCUCAUCCUUUGCCACUCCAUGAAAGGCAAGAACUUGACAAUUUCUUGGGACAGUAUUUGUUAGUUUUGUGCUCCUUUAAAGAACAGCUUCAGCAACAUGUCAGAGUCCAUGCUGUUGAAGCAGUGAUGGCCUGCCGUGAAAUUGAGCAGAACUUACAAGCUCUGACUGGAAUAACCCUUGGUGAAGGAAGUGGUGCAACAAUGUCGGACGACGAGGAUGAGAUGACGAUGGAUUUCUCCUUAGAACAAUCUGACGGGGGCCAUGAUAUGAUGGGAUUUGGCCCUCUACUUCCAACAGAAUCAGAAAGGUCACUGAUGGAGAGAGUACGACAAGAACUGAAGCUUGAACUCAAGCAGGGAUUCAGAUCAAGAAUUGAAGAUGUGAGAGAGGAAAUAUUAAGGAAAAGAAGGGCAGGAAAAUUGCCAGGUGACACUACUUCAGUGCUCAAGACUUGGUGGCAGCAGCAUUCUAAGUGGCCUUAUCCAACUGUAAGUCCAAUGUCUCUCUCUAUAUAACAGGUUUUUGAUCCUUAUUGGCAUCAAUUCAUUUUAAAGGGUCAUAGGAAUUGUUGUGUUGGAAAAGUACUCAUUAUUAUGGUACAAGGAGUUGAGAAUGGUGUAGAAAUAUUUAAUGUCGUUGAAUCAUAUGGUGUGGCAGGAGGAUGACAAGGCUAAACUGGUGGAGGAAACAGGGCUGCAGCUGAAGCAAAUCAACAACUGGUUCAUCAACCAAAGGAAGCGCAACUGGCACAGCAAUUCCCAAUCAGUCACAUCUUUGAAGUCCAAGCGCAAGAGAUAGAAUCUCUUUUUUUCUUGGAAUGGUUAGAAAAACAUAUGAAGGCAAUCAGCAGUAUUUGAAGAUUUAUUAUGUCAGAUACAAUUAGCCAGCCAGCAAGGACAGCAGAAAUUCAGACAAACACUAUUAUUUCUCUAUGGGAAACACAACUACUAAAUGAAACUGAUCAUGAUAGUAUUAGAUAAAUCAUAUACAUGAUGAUGGAUGGGCCAGGUAGAUGAUCAUCAAAAUGUAUAAAAACAGUAGAAUCAAUGCAUGCAUGCAUGCACGUAAGACGCAUAACCUUUUAGUUAAUUCCUGACAGAUUGAUCUCUCCUUUGGUUUGACUCUGGAAUUAAUACUUUGGCUGUUUCUGGGAUUUUAUAUAUAUAGCCUCUAUUUUUUUUUGUUCAUUGUUCCCCCCUUUCCGAAAAAAUUAAGUACAAGUGGAGUUCUACAUAAUGUAUGAAUAUUGCUGAUACUUGUACAGAAUAAAGCAUGUAAGAAUUCCGGGUCUACAUAUCGUUCCCAAGUUAAGCCAUUUUGUGUCUAUUAGAUUCGAUGAUGAAGGUUGGCAUUAAUCAUUUCAUGUCACAAUAAUAGAGUGAGUUUCUUUUUCUUGGCUGUUAAAUCUCUUCAUAAAUAGGUUUCCUGGUGCUCGUUAGCCUGUAAAAUGAAACCUCAAGGGAAUUUAACAAUACUUUGAUCAAUCUGAUUCUUAUAAUGUUAUUAGAGGAGUUUGAAAUAUUGGGAUCCAGACACUCAGAAUUGAGUAAAGAAGGACUUUGAUACAUCAUAAAUUAAUUCAGAUUGCAUAAAAAAGAAGCUCUGUGGCUG